AUGAGUUACAACAAUCCCAUCAUCCCGGGGUUUAAUCCCGACCCAUCGAUUAUUCGUGUUGAUAAAGACUUUUUUUUAGUCACCUCGACCUUUGAAUACUUCCCUGGAGUGCCCAUUUAUCACAGUCAGGAUUUGAUUCAAUGGACAUUGAUCGGUCAUGCGUUGACACGACCUAGUCAGCUUCAAAUUCAUACGCCAGAACCGGGAGGCGGCGUCUGGGCAACCACAAUUCGGCAUCACGGGGGCUUUUACUAUAUCAUUGCCGCGAGCUUUCAGCGUUAUCGUCCGCAACAGGAUGACCGAGUUUGGCCACAGGGAUUUUAUGUCAAAACAACCGAUAUAUGGGAUGAGAAGACAUGGUCUGAUCCAAUCUAUUUUGAUCAAGUUGGGUUUGACCAAGAUCUUUUUUGGGAUGACGAUGGAACCGUAUAUUUAUCGUCCACCUACAGAAAGAUUCAGCCAACUAGUGGUGCUAAAUUGAAAGAUUUUGCAAUUCAUAUAUGUACGGUGGACUUGACGACCGGUCAUUCUACGUCCGCGCCUAAAUUGAUUCGAGAAUCUUCUUCUGGUGUUGCCGAGGGGUCACACAUCUUCAAACGCGGUCGUUAUUGGUAUUUGUUCACAGCAGAAGGUGGCACUGAAAGUGGCCAUAGCGAAUGGGUGAACCGGAGUGAAGUUGGUCCAUCAGGACCGUGGGAGCUCGGGCCAAAUAACCCUCUCUGGCGCAAUGGCGUUGAGGACGAAGUGCAGAACACGGGACAUGCCGAUCUGGUUGAGGACACCAAAGGGCAAUGGUGGGCAGUCGUUCUCGGUGUUCGUCCUUCAAGAAAGGGAGAUACGUGGGAAGACUCUGUGCUAGGCCGAGAGACAUUCCUAGUCCCUUUGGAAUGGAAAGACGAUUGGCCCGUGAUCAACGGAGGACAGAAAAUCAGUCUCAACUCCCAUGGACCAGGUCUUUAUCAAUUCCAUACGCCAGUACCCUGGAGAGAUGAAUUUUCGGAUCCGAAAAUGCAGGUUGGAUGGUAUCGAAAAAACACGCCCUUCGUAAAUGACUACUCACUUACUGAACGCCCCAAUUACCUUCGUCUCCAUGGUGGACCUUAUAAUCUGUCAGUGCCAGCCAGUCCCACCAUGUUCCUUCGCAAGCAAACCCACCACGUCUGCAGAUGGGAAACAAGGCUUUCCUUUCAGCCAACUCUAAACGAGACCGAGGCUGGCACUGUGGUAUGGUUGAAUUAUUUUACAUAUAGCAGCAUCGGUAUCAGGAAGGAUACCAAUGGCCGUUUCAUCCGUUUUCGGCCAUCGGAGGGCGAUAUCGUGGAGCAUAGACUGGACACAGAAACUCCUGUCACUCUCACAGUUGACUGUGGUAGUGAGUAUCGAUUUGGGUAUCAUGAAGGCACGGAAUCUGAAAUGCAUUGGAUUGGAUCGGUUUCUAACAGUGCUGCUACGGCAGCACCUCCAGUGGGGGCUAACUUUACUGGCAUGAUGCUGGGUUUAUAUGCAUUUGGAGAGCGGCAGCGAUGCCUGGCCCCAGCUGAUUUUGCAAUGACCGAAACCUUGAAAAUUGACCACCUAAUCUCCAUCCCUGAUGUCAUGUCCGAUGACGCUGAGCAAGUUACAGACAAAUGGACUGGGUUGACUGACCCGACCGAACGCCGUCGGCGACAGAACCGCAUAAACCAGAGGGCUUACCGAAAGCGCAAGAGACUGUUAUCAACCAAUGAAAUCCAUCCUAAGAGCCUAGUACCAUCCUCUCAUUCGUCCUCUACCGCCCAGUCGCAACCCGGUUCUUCCCAAGACAAUCCGAAACUCAACUUCUGCCGCAGCCCCGAAUUUUUACAAAAUAUUUUGGAGAGAUUUGCCAAGUCAGCGUAUGAAAGCUACGCACGGGGAGAUCCGACCGCCGAUCAUCUCAUGACGUUAACGAAAGUUAAUGUCUUCAGGGCAUUUGCCCAGAACCUACGAUUAAUCGGUUGGUCGGAGUACUGGAUGGACCACGACGCCAUUUCACCCUUCAAUACAGUUCUGCCCCAAAAGCCCUCUACUCCGAACGAUAAAAUCCCCAUUCCAACCAACCUGCAGCCUACUCGAAUUCAGAAAUCGAUACACCAUCACCCAUGGCUGGACUUCUUUCCUUCGCCCAAGAUGCGCGAUAAUCUCAUCGAAGCCGGGGAUGACUGGGAUGACGAGCAGCUCUGUAACGACAUCAUGGGUUUCUGGGGUGAGUCAACGAUGGAUGCGGGACUACUAGUUUGGGGAGAGCCUUGGAAUGUGCAGAAUUGGGAGGUGACCGAGCCGUUUUUGAAGAAAUGGCAAUGGGUUGUUCGAGGGUGCCCUGAAUUGAUGGACGCAACAAAUCGUUGGCGUGCUCGUCGAGGGGAGAAACUAAUAUUCCGCUAUAUUUGA